AUGACAUAACAGCCCCAAGACUGGGACUAAUGUAGAGUUUCAGGAAAAAAAUAACAUACCAUAGAGACUCUGUAAACGAAGAGGAAGAGAAGGGAAAAGUGGGCACACAGAAAUUUAGCUGGAGAGCAACCAUCACCGGCUCUUUCAGGCUACUGAGGCAUCGUCCGCGGCUACCUACCCUGCCGUGUUUCGGCGCUUCGUCUCUAUUUGUCAGCAUAGGAGUUUAGUCUUAAACCGAGAUUUCUUUUAACAGGCUUUAAGAUAUUUCGUCUUCAAAUUUAAUAUUUUUCCCCGGCAUGAUUUUGGCGCCCCCUCUGGCCAGUCGAAGGAAUCAGCCCGCAGAUGUGCUCAAGGGGACGGGGUGCAAGGAUCAUUUUAGGAGGUCGUUCGUGUCUGGAAAGAGGCGGCCGGCGUUUGGGGACCCCACGGUCACGAAGGACAACGCUAGAAAGGGGCCACGCGGGACAACUGCCUGGAGCGGGCUCCAUAACUGGUCAGCCCGCGAAGCCUCUCACUAGUGCAGAGCGUGGGAAAAAAAGACUGGCAAGUUUUUCCUUACUCCUGUCUUUCUGAAGCCUUCGGAAUUUUUUUAAGACGGUGUGGACUUCAACUCCCAGAAUUCUUGAGUUAGGGAAUUCGGGGAGUUGAAGUCCCCGCGUCUUAAAGUGUUCCAGGAUUUAAAGAGACUGCCUUAGCCAGGUGAACCUGCGGCAAGGAGUCGUGCUUUGUGUUUUUCCCGUUCUCUGCAAAAGCAUUUGCGAUGGACCUUGUUGCUGGUCUCAACGACGUGACGAGAAGAGACACGCAUCUUGGAGAAGUGAGAGGAAACUUGGGGUCUGUGCGAGGUUGGAGGGAGAGACCGUGAAUGGUUCUGCAGGGAUGGCUGCUUUCUACUUGUUUGUAUAAUGAAUCCAUUUAUUAAGAAACUUACUUUUAACUGUUUUCUUGGGAGGUUCCACUUUUGAACAGGACUUACUUUUAAGUGGAUCAUUCAGGACCAUCAGCUUCCUGAUCUAGACAGAUGAUUGGUGCUUCUUUUUACAAAAAAAUAUAUAUGCUGGAAUGGAAUUCCCACUGAUGGUUCUAUGACAUCACAGCUAAAAUGAUCAGUCAGAAUCAAAGCACAUUCUCUGGUUUUUAACCUCUUCCCAAGUCCCAUGGAUGCUAGGAAGUACCCAAGCACAGAGAUUUCGAAUAUUUAAUGCCAUUGCAUGAGAAGACAUGUUUGGUGCUGCUUUCAUAAACCUUGGUCUUUCCUCGUAUGGGUGCCUGCAUCCCCAAAAGCAUACCUCCAACACCACUAAGUACAGAAAACUUACUGUCAGCACUCAACACUUUGCAGAUCGGUAACCGGGAAUCUGACGAGAUGGUGAGGGCUUGCUUAGAUCAUGCUGCCCAAGAGUUCCAUCGUGAGCCUCACUGUCUACGAGAUAAUGCCACCUUGACGAUUCAGGUGAGAGGAAGAAAGAUAAUGGAGUUUGUCUCUGGUGGAGGAGAAAACAAGAUUGUAGUUUCUUGGUUAAAAGGAAAAAUACACUACCAUAUUGAGAUCUCCACCUUGGAAGUGUAUUUAAAUCGAUUGUCUCUUUCUCCACCUCCGCUAACCUCUGAGAACUUGGAGAAGGUGAGACAGGAGCUUGCUAAAUGGGACAGCAUUACUAAGGAACUGCAGGCUUGCUUGGAUGUGGCUAUAACAGAGUUUGAGAAGGAACCCCCUUCAGUGAAGAACAAUGCUGAACUGACUAUUGAGUGUGGUAAUUCCUGCUUAGAUUUCAUUUCUGGAAAGGGGAGGUCCCGUAUCCACAUCUUCCUUUCUGAUAAACAACCUCACUAUCGGGUUAGAGUUUCUUCUUUGGAUGUCUAUUUAGACAGGUUGAGCUAUCGCACAAUGUUGCUCACCACAGAAAACUUGAUGAAACUAUGGAAAGAAACAGAAGACCUUAAAGGAUGUACAGUAGACCUCCGAGCCUGCCUCAAGCGAGCUUUACAGGAGUUUAAUACUUUGUCCCCACAACACCGGGCCAAUGCCACUGUCUUCUUUGACUGUGAUGGGAAGAACUUCAAGAUGGUUUCUGGGCAUGGAGAUAACUGGAUCUCUAUCUUCAACAUUAUUGGAGAUCAACAUUGCCGCAGAGAAGUCGUUCUAGCAUUGGGAGAGGUGGAGACAUCAAGCAAAGUAACAGGGAAAUAUGGGAAAGAAGGUCCAUCAUUUUGGAUAAGAAGAUCAGAAGCAAAGAGAAGUGCAGAGGAAGGUCCAUCUAGUCUAGCCUGGAGAACAUCUAACCAGCCAAAAGGGCUGGCCAUUGGGAAAAAAUCUAAAAAAGGGCCAUGCAUUAUGAACGAGUUAAAAGAAUUUGCAUCAAAUGAUAGAAAAGCGAAUGAAGAAACAAUGUUUGUUCAGGGAAGAACACUUUCCAGUGGGAAAGAAACAGAUACUGGACUCCCCAAUAGGAGGGCACCGGGAAAAGAACUUAAUCUUCUACCAAAAUUAUUAUCAGCUAGUACCAAGAAACCUCAGUCUGAUAGAAAAGAAAGGGAUCUUGCUGGACCACUGAGUUUAUACAGUGGGACAACAACAGAAGUGGUACUGGUUCAUGGAAAGAAUGAAGAAGUAGAUAGUGAAGCAGCAGCAUCUAAUGACUCCAGUGAAGAAGACUCAUCUAACAUUCCAGAUAAAUCCUCUGAUAGCAGACAGGGAGAUGAUGGACCAGAAAGAUGACUCAUCUAGAAGAUUAAAGAGCCAGGAUAAUGUGAUAGCCAGUCCAUUGACUGGUAAAAUGAUGGAUCGAUUCCAGAGACAGAGUAGUGUUUCUGGAUCUGGAAAAACAGAGGGCUGGUCCAUCAAAUGAAUUGUGCAAGAAUGAUAACGAAUAAAUGAUCUAUGGACCUGAGAUUCUUGUCCCUUACAGUGUCUUUCUGUAGGCUCUUUUCCCAAUAGUGCCAGUAUGUCCUUAAGCUGGUUCUGUAAGAAUUUCUUAGUAAUUUACUUUUGUUCCCCCCAAAAAGCUGAUUAUUUUUUUGUCCCAUUUGUUUUCUGUUUUAGAAUUUCUAAAUCAUUUAAAUGGGUUGACUUUGUAGAUUGUGUUGAUAUUUCAAGGCGGCUGAAAGUAACAAAAAUGUAAAAAAAUACAGAGUGUAGGAAUAUGAUAGGGCUAUCAGUCAUCUGAAAAAUCACCCUACUUACCUAAGUUAAGUCAAGGAUACAGAGUAACAUUCCCAUGAUUAAGUCAGUGUCCCUGUUUGUUUUGUUGUAGCGACAUUGACCAUGAUUAGAAACUUCAUGACUGAUAUUAAUUCUGAAACAGUUACAAUUUUGAGAGGCUAAAUGUAAAUGUAGAUGUUUUCAGAUCAGCAUCCUCCAUGCAUUUCUUUUUUCUCAUUAUUUGAACCAUAAAUUUGUUUGUAUUUGGUCAAAUGAAUGAAUGAAUGAAUUAGAACUUUUUUAAAAAUAUUGCUUUCUGUGGCCAAAACAUCUUAAAAAGUAGUUUAAAGAAUCAUUGAAAUUCAAAGCAUCACUAAGUAAUAUAUUCAAUAUCAAGUCAUAUAAAGGAGUUUGUUUGUUUGUUUGUUUUUAAAAAAGGAAGAACACAAUGUUAUAUAGGUGAGUUUAUCUGAGUUCAGAUCUGGUUUACAAGUCAAACAAUGCAGGAAUUUGUUCCCAAAAUGGAUUUAAAAGUGGUCCAUUCUCAGAAAGCAGAGAGAAUGGUUCAGACAAGGAAACCAAUGAAGAAAAGAGCUAUUGUGACUUCCGGUUCUGGUUCGCGGCGACUCCGGUCAUGUAAAGAGACUUGUCUCUCCACCGGCUGUGUUUUCUUCGCCCGUAGACCCCCUAGUGGGUCAAAAGUCACCCUGGAGGGGUGACCACCGAGGAGGAGGCUUGCUGGUGACUGUGGGAGGGUGGCAGCUUCUUUCGCGGCUCCAGCUAACUCCUUAGGGCUGACGGAGCAAAGAUCAUCCUUCAAGAUGUCCGAUUCCUUAGCUAUAUCACCUGAAAGUCAGAGGUACAUCUAAGCUUGAAAGACCCACCGCAGAUGAUCCAGGUGAGACCUCUCCUUCUCCUCUCUUCACCCUACUUGAUUGUUUGCCUGAAAAAGCUCUAUUGGAAUUAAUUCCCUGCCUUGAAAGAGCAGCAUUUGUAUGUGUGGGAAGAAAAACACCUGAAUAAAAAGACAGAACAAGUAAUUUCAAUGAUUAUAUUUUACUUUCAUUUACUUUGGGGUACAAAAAAAAUUUUUUUAGAGCUUUACUAUCAUAUUUUUUUCCACCUUUUCCUUUAAAAGAGAGAAAAAAGGAAA